AUGUUCCUCUAUUGCGAAGUGCUGAAGGCAGGUUGUUCUAACUGGAAAAGGAUAAUAUUUGUUUUAAAAACAAAUGUAAACGUGAAAGCAGAUUAUCUUGAACAUGAUCACAUCCAUGGUUCCCGUUGGUUGAAGAGACUAAGUGACUACCCAAAGGAAAAGCAAUGUUUGAGGCUUGCCAACUACACCAAAGUAAUUUUUACCCGAGACCCUUUACAGAGGAUAGUUUCAGCUUAUAGGGAUAAAUUCUUUCAUGCUGCUGGAUAUCACGGUAUACAGCUACCAAAAAUCAUUAAAGCAAAGUUCAGAAAGAACAAGACUUGUCUUGAAAAUGUGAGUUUUGAUGAAUUUGUUCACUAUAUACUUGAAAAUAAACCAAAGACGAACGAUGUGCAUUGGAGGCCAUUUUAUCAUCUCUGUGAUCCAUGCAAUAUCAACUAUGACAUUUUGGGAAAAUUUGAAACUUUGAAGCCAGAUUCUGACUAUGUAUUGAAGGUAAUAGGUGCACCUCCUGGUCUAAAAUAUCCAGAAGUAAAGCAAUUCAAUGAAUCCAGAACAGAUGCAAAAACUAGUGCAGGGUAUUACAACCAGCUUCCGCUUGACUUGCUUCAAAGCUUGUUAGAGAUUUACAGUCUUGAUUUUUACCUCUUCGAUUAUGCACAAUAA